GAACGCAAGCUGGGGUGGCUGCCCCCCGGCGUGUGCUCUCACUGAGCCUCGAGUCCUAGGUGUGGGCUCCUCUCCAACCUUAUCUCCCGUUUCCCUCCGACCGCUUUUCCCGAGAAGAUAUGACCGAGUAGCUCCCCGCGCAAGGGCGGCAUUUGCUUGGGAUUUUCUUCAUGGAAGCGAUGUCCCCCCAGCAGGAGACUCUGGGGGGGCAGCCAGGGCGCUCCUCUUCUCUGACUGGGGAGUCCAGGAUCGUGGGUGACACGGAGAGCAAAAAGAAAAUGAAAACACUAGUAGAGAGGAGAAGGAGUGCUCCAUCCCUCAUCCUUGACAAAGCCCUGCAGAAACGGCCCAGUAGCAAGGAGAGUCCAUCUGCCAACUUGGACCCAUGUGUAUUUCUUAAUUCUUUUAUGGGCUCCAGCAGGACCCUGCUGAUUGACGGCCGUGUUGAACUCAAAAGGGGCUUGCAGCGUCAGGAACGACAUAUCUUUCUGUUUAAUGAUUUGUUCGUUGUGACUAAGGUCAAGUAUAACAACAAUCUUAAGAUAAAAAACAAAAUAAAAUUAAGUGAUAUGUGGACAGCAAGCUGUGUGGAUGAAGUGGGUGAAGGGAAUACCAAUACUAUGAAGUCAUUUGUUUUAGGAUGGCCUAUUGUCAACUUUGUUGCCACUUUCAGCUCUCCAGAACAAAAGGAAAGGUGGCUUUCUCUUCUCCAGAGAUAUAUUGAUGAAGAGAAGGAGAAGGACCAUCCAAAGAGCAUUCCCCUUAAAUUGUUUGCAAAGGACAUUGGGAAUUGUGCUUAUUCCAAAACAAUAACAGUCACGAAUUCUGAUACAGUGAAUAAAGUCAUCACCAUGGCCCUGCCAAUGCUAGGGAUAAAUGGUUCUGCAAAAGACUACCAACUCUGGGUGAACUCUGGGAGAGAAGAAGCUCCGUACCCACUCAUUGGUCAUGAGUAUCCUUAUGGAAUUAAAAUGAGCCACCUUCGAGACACUUCAUUCCUGACGCAGGGAUCAAAGGACUCCCUGUCGCCUUUGGACUUCCAAGAGUCCUUCCUCGUGGAGCAGCUGCCCCGGGAGAUGCAGUGCCAGUUUAUACUGAAGCCCAGCCGCCUGGCCAGGAGCCAACCACUGACUGAUCCUAGCCAAAAGACGUUCAAAAGAAGAAGAUCUAUCAUAAAUUGGGCCUUUUGGCGAGGCUCCAGCACGCAUCUGGACAAUAUGCCAGCAUCUCCAACAUCCCCGAUGCCAGGGCAGCUCUUUGGGGUUUCGCUGUCAGAAAUUUGUGAGAAUGACAACCUGCCCAAACCUGUUUUGGACAUGCUUUCCUUCCUAAAUAAAAAAGGGCCUCUCACGAAAGGCAUUUUCAGGCUUUCUGCAAAUAUCAAAUCCUGCAGAGAGCUGAAGGAGAAACUUAACUCAGGAGCUGAAGUGGAUUUAGAUGGUGAAUCCAUUUUUGUGACAGCAUGCGUCUUAAAGGAUUUUCUUCGAAACAUUCCAGGAAGUAUUUUUUCAUGUGAUCUCUUUGAUGAGUGGGUCUGCAUCAUGGAUCAGGGGAAUGAUGAAGAGAAGAUAAACAGAGUUCAGAGGCUAAUGGAGCAGCUUCCUAGAGCCAAUGUCGUUCUCCUGCGGUAUCUAUUUGGAAUGUUGCAUAGCAUUGAACAGCAAUCUGUAUCCAAUCAAAUGACAGCUUUUAAUCUGGCAGUGUGCAUUGCUCCCAGCAUUCUUUGGCCACCAUCUACUGCUAGUCCUGAGCUGGAGAAUGAAUUCACUAAAAAGGUCUCUCUACUUGUACAAUUUCUAAUUGAAAAUUGCUGCAGGAUAUUUGGAGAAGAAAUCGCUUCCCUAUUGAGAGAUAUUUCAAUCAGCUGUGACAGAGACAAUGCCUCAGGUAUAUCUGGCUUCCAAAUGAAUGACUCUUCCUAUGACAGCUUAGAAAAUGAGCUGAAUGAUGAUGUAGAUGCUCCUUGCAGUGACCUGGUAAAGAAGCUGGGUCAGGACAGCCGUAGCAUGGACUCUGUCUUAACGCUGAGUGACUGUGAUUUGGACCAACCUGAAUCAGAAGGCAUUUUAACUCUGAGUGAUUUUGACUUGGACCAGCCUAAAAAUGAAGAAAUUCAAAUGAAGCACCGUUCUAAAUCCAAGCCAUUGAGCAUUCCGGUGGCAUCCUGCAGUAAGGUUUCAGCACAAGACUGCUCCAAGAACGUGCCAGUUGGCACGAACACAUUUGGUUACUUAUCCACAGCUGCAGUAGAUGCUCUGAAAAACUGGAGGAGACACAGGCGCUGUUCUGAGCCCAGCAUAGACUAUCUGGAUUCCAAGCUCACCUAUCUCAGGGAGUUCUAUCAGAAGAAGCUCCGCAAGUCCAGCUGUGAUGCUAUUCUCUCCCACCGAGAUGAAGACAGUCACAAACAGCUCCAGCCCUCACAAGGAGGGCUUAGUUUAGUCACUCACACUGCAGUGGAGAAGAAAAAUACCACAAACCAAAACGUGAAGAAAAAAGCCUUUUUUAGUCAUGAAGGUACUCCAGUGAGACUUCCCUUCAAAUCCAAACCUGUGACCAUUUCUGUGGCAUCCUACAGUAAUAUUUCAUUGCAGGAUCAUUCUAAAAGCCAGACCCUUGGCCCUGAUCACUCUGGAUACUCCCCAUCAAACACAACCCUUGGACUCAGAAGUUUGCAAAGGCACAGGCGCUGCUCAGAGCCAAACAUAGACUACCUAGACUGCAAGCUCACCUAUCCCAGGGGGGUUUCUCCAAAGAACAUACACAAGACAAGCUGUGAUGUUGGCCUCUCUCUUGGAGAUGAGGAUUAUCUCAAGCGCCACCAGUCCUUGCAAGUAGAAGGUCAAAAACUGAUUAAUCAGAGUUUGAUUAUGGGGAUUGAGGUGGGUAAGAGUAAUGCCUCAAACCAAAAUGUAGAAAAGGUGUUGCCAGUUACUCCACCACGGUUAACUGCUUGCUCAAGAACUAGCUAUUCUAGUUUGUCAUCACCAGGCACGUCGCCUUCGGGUUCUUCGGUGAGCUCUCAAGAUAGUGCUUUUUCCCAGAUUUCUGAACACUCGGUCUUUAUUCCCACAGAAACCUCUUCACCAGUUGAUUUCACUUUUUCAACCCUAAGGAAACAGGGAGAACUCUCUCCUGACUUCUGCAGCCCUUUUUCUGGGAUAUUCAAACCUUCCCCAGAAUCAGCCAGCAGCCACCCACAUUGUGUUAAAAAAGGCAGUGUAGAGUGGUCUUCUCAAAUGCAGUCCUUAACUCUUCAGCCUAGCACAUGGUUAAGGAAUGGAGUGGCCACUCUGAAAAACUGGUCCCUCAAAAAGAAGACAAAGCCCCCUAGACAAGAGAGAAAGAAAGCAAAUUCUAUAAAAGGAGCUUUGGAGCAGCCGACUUGUUCUGAAGUCUCAGAAGCCAGUCUGCUCCAAAAGAGACAGGUGGCUGCACCCCUGAGAACCUCCAACCUAGUCAGUUCUGUAGAAACAGAUGACCUUUGUAAUCCCUAUGACUGCCAGAAUUCUGAGGACCAUGGUAGCUCACUUAUCAGUUCAGUGGAUGAAAGACUUAAACUCCAUAUGAAGCCAACCAAGGAAGUGGAGAAUGAUAGCCAGUGUUUGCCUGGUGCUCAACCCCCAGAGAAUCCCCCACUCAGCUACUCUUUGACAGUAGGGAGCGUACUGAACCCAGCCCCCAAUGCUGGGUGUCCAGAGACUUCAGUGGCUUGUAGUGAUGGGCUGGGACAUAGAACCAAAGACAUUUAACCAAAGUAGACUGUGACACCCACUGGAAUGGCUGGUUCAGAUUCCUUAAUCAGAUGCAUGGUGUAGGCUGCCUAAGGACAACCACAGUUUACUUUUAGCAUAAUAAAAGAAUUUUUUUGAGAGGCAUUAAAGUCCUUUGUGGAGGAGGGAGAGGGAAUGUGUUUUUCCUCUGUAUUCUAAAACUGGGUCACUGGGGUGUUUGGGUAGUUUUUCUCUUUUAUAAUCAGUAGUGAGAUGAGUCCCUAUUUAUGUACAUUCUGAGAUAUUUAUGUCAUCCUGAAGAAAAAGGCACACUGUUGAGGAAAGUCUUACGUCAACAUCUUGUGACCAGUAGCCUAAGACUAAGAUCAUGGAGCAGCGAAUUAAGCUAGGUGGGAACUAGGCAGGAGCCAUUCAUUAUUCCAUAAGGUGUUUGGAUUGAGGGUGCAGGAAUAUCUGGAACUGAAGAAAAUCCAGGGGAGCAGUGGCCAUCCAGGCACUAUGAGGACAGUAACAGCUAAGGUCUCUAGUCAUCUUUGACUAUGGGGUCACAGUAUCUUAAGCUAGAAGGAAUUCUGCAUCUAGUCCAAUCUUCUCUUUUUAUAGAUGAGUCAGAGACCCAGAGAGGUUAAGUGAGACUUAGCCAUGUCACACAGUUAAUAAAUAGCAGAGCCAGGUUUUGAACCCUCACCCUCCCAUUGAAAGGGGAAAAAAAUAUGUAUAUAAACAACCCCUCCAAGUACACAAAAGUUCGAUGUAAAGAUACUUAACUGUGAAAGUACUUUUUUAAAAAAAAUUACUUUCCAUUUGAGUAAGAUGUUUUACUUAUUUUGAUAACUGCUGCUCUCAUACUCUUGGUCACUUUCAUUGUUCUCUUACUGAAAGCAAGGUUCCAGGCUGCACUCAGGUUUUGUGCAAGUUAGAUUAGGAAGAAGAGAGUAUUUUGAUAAUUCACAAAGACCCCAAAAGCCAGAGCUGUGAGGAGAAAGACAGCAAUUCCAAUAGGUUCUUCAUAGGCCAGGGUAUCAAGGAGAGGAAUUCCUGUCUUCCAUGGCCUUGUGGACAUCUUCUUCCCAGCAGAGCACUUUGUUUAACUCUCUCCUGGCAUUUAUCCCAUCCUACUUUGUACUGGUGGGUUUUUAUGUUCUUGUCUUCUUCCUGUGCCUGAACUGUGGGUUUCUCAAGGACAGGGGUGGGGUCUUCACUGUAGCCCUCCCAGGGCUCCCAGCAAGGUUAGUGCCUUGUACCAUAAUGGGUGCCCAAUCAACAUUUGUUUCAUCAAAUGGGUAUCUUAUCCUUUGUAACUCACAUGUGCAACCACUCAUGGCAUCUGGUUGAACCAGUACCUAAAGCUGAUGUAUGGCUUUGGUCCUGCUCACCUUGCACUCAUGGUCUUAAUCAUUUGUUCAGAAUCCUGAAGACAUUGUUCCUUGUGCCUCUGGCUUAUCUCUUCCCAGGCUCUCCAAAACCUUUACCCAAAAAGAGCUGUUCCGUCCCAAUUCCUGCUUCUAGGGGUGUAUGGGGUCUCUGAAAGCAAAGAUGAGAGGGUUGGAGGGAAUAGAACAAACACCUACAAAAGUGGUGGGAAGGAAGGCACGCCCUACUUUUCUUUUUUC